AUGAUCAAACAAUAUGAUGGCAUGUUGGACAUGGAUAUGGUAUGCAGUCAGACCAUUCAAGUGAUGGAGGACAUUAUCAACACCAAGUUGACCACCAAAGUCAGUCCAAUACUAUAUAAAGAAUUGUCCGAGAUUCCAGAUAGCACCACUGAUGACCUUGUGUUCAUACCCGACGGCCAGUUUGAUCAAGACACUCGCUUCAUUAUGAAGUUCAUCAAGAAUGUCAUCUCCAUCAAUGGAUACCACAACAAUCACUCUAUGUUGACCAACUUUAUCAAGUCGUUCCCACUGCUAAUGAUCACUGAUGUUGAUGAAGCCAAUGAUAGGAUUGUCCAGUGUAUCAAGAACUUCAAUGGAGAGCAGGAUCAUGAUACCAAGUGCCAGAAUGAAGUUGGUGGAAUGUUGUACACCCAUUUGGAGCUAUUCAAGUAUCUGUCUCAUGACCUGAUCCAGUUCUUUGCCAGCUUCAUGACAUCAUCCAACUUUAUCAAGACCAGUGCUAAAGUAAAGUCGCACCUCUCCUUGGACAAGACAAUGUUCGCUCUGAUGGAGGAUAUUCAACAGUUGUACUCAAUGAUUCAACCAAUCAUUGAAGCACAUACUCCAGGCAGCAUGAAUAUCCCUUCCACCACGCAAGAGUUCUGUUCCAAGAUGUUUAAGAGGAUGCCAACAAACAUUGCGCCACAGAUUGAUCAUCUAAAUUUGUUGCAGAACAACUUGGACGGCAUCAAGGAGUUGUUCUCCACAGUGGAGAUCUUGAACAUACUCCCAGCAGUUGGCAACACCAGUAAGAAUGAGUAUGUCGCUGGGAAGGUAGGAGAUUGGUGUCGCCAGGUCACAGUCAAUCGACCAUCAGGUUCGACAGAGGUCUACAAGCUGAGUGUCAACUCUUGCAAUGAGAGGAAGCAGUUGAUCUUGGAUGCUUUGGCUACAUUGGCGCACACAUCUGACCUCGUGCCAAUCAGAUACUUGAAUAGGUGUGUUACCCUGUACCAGUUCAUCUUGGAGGAAGAUGAGGGCAAUGACACUCUCCAGCUCAUCAAGGCAAACCUCAGCAGUGACACCAUCCAUUCGUUGGCAAGAGAGGCAAGUUUCCUUAUUGCUCAACUCCAAAAUGGUGUUUCCAAUGAUGUCCUGAUCAAUCAACUUGCAUUGACUUUGUCCCAGGUUAAUCCAGACCUCGUGGUGGCCCGUCGCCAACUCUUUGGCAAGAUUGUUCACCAUGCCAGCCAACCAGGACCGUUGAAGGAUUUGCUAGACAACCUGGAUGUAUUCACUGAUGCCAUGAGACCGAUCAACACGCCCUGUCAUCCAUUGGCACCAUAUCUGAUCAACUGGUUGAGAUUCAGCAAGGAUGUGACCUACACCACUCAUCCGAGCAUUAGUCCAUGGCUGGACAUCUUUGAGUAUGACUGCUCGCUUGAAGGCGAACAGGCCGUUGAAGUGGACCACUUGAUGAAUCAGCUCCAGAAGUGUAUACCUUCACUCGGCAAUCAUACCAAGGCUCCAGGCAAUGCAUUGGCCAACAUCCUGCGCCAAAUCAAUGGCUCACCCAAAGACUUUAAUUGGGUUAUCGAUACGGCUAAGUGUCCAAUGAGCAAGCACGACUCGAGGACCUUUGGAGGCAUCAUGCACCUACGUAGACUUAACGAUGGUGCCACGUUCAGCAUUACACAUGACCUCGCAAAAUGUGCAAGUGCCACCUCUUGUCAGUGCUUUGGCAUAGGUAAAGACACCAUCCUCCAAGCUUCCAAGUACUUCGUAGUCGACAACACAGACAUGAUCUAUUGGUCUUGGAAUGACAACCUCAUCAUCGAGCUCAAUGAUCACUUUGAAUGUUCUAAACAUCUUCCAUCAUAUAAGCUCCAAGCAUUCAUGUAUAAACAACCUGUUGGUGUUGGUGCUGAUGUUGUUGAAGAGAGUGUUAUGGUUAUCAACACCAAUGAUGGAUACAUCCUACUAUGUACAGAGUAA